UAUGCUGCCAUCACGUGUUAGAAUAUGUAAUUAUUAUAAAAAAAAAAGUAAAGAGGGAGAAUUGAAACAGGCAGGUGUUCAAGAAAAAUAUGUGAACCGUUAAAUUAUAUGUGGGAAUACUCAUUAAAACCCAUAUAACUCCACGAUUCUUUACUAAACCGGUUACAUUUUCCUUAUUUUUAAAGAAAUUAGUUAUUUUAAGAGUCUGGCAUGGAAAAGAACUUUCUGCAAAGGGAAGAAGAAUUUCAUAAAUUAAAUUCAGAACUGGAACAGAAAACAAAGGAACUGCUGAAAGAAGUAGAAGGGGUAAAGGAAAUUCAGGAGAGAUUGUCAAAGACUGAGAUCUCCACAUGUACCACUCUUCAGAAUCCAGCAGGGUCCAGUGUUUAUAUGCCUGCUCAUGGAGGAACUGGAGAUGAAGUCCUUCCAGAUGCCAGUUAUGGAAUGGGAAAUGAUGGCAUCACCCGUUUCCUCAGGGCCAAGGUAAAGGGUCUACAAAAUGAACUGGAAAUACUGCAAGCUGCCUACAAGAAACGGACAGAGGACUGGCGUAAGGUACAGGCAGAGAUGAAGACUCUGGAAGAGGAUCGGAACAAGUGGCAGCAACAGGCAGGGGUGCUCAUAGAUUCUCUAAAGCAGCAAGAAACGUUGGCUUCUAGCACUGUUUCCAAACACUCACAACAGGAGUCUGAGAACAUAUCCCUCAAGAAGGAACUGGAGUCCACCAAAAAAGAACUGCGGACAGCAGUGCAGACAUUAAAGGCAAAUGAGAUGCGACUGAACCGUUCACUGGAAGAGCUAGAAAAAUUGCGGACCAUUGUACACAGUCAUGAGCGUGAUGAUAAGGAGCUACGAGAUCUUGCACGUAAGAAAGAAGAUGAGGUGGCUGUGGUUAUGAAGCGGCUUGAGAAACAGAAGUCAGAAUUGCUACUUGGGUUCAAGAAACAGAUGCAACUCAUUGACAACCUCAAAAAGCAGAAAGCUCACUUACAGGCAGCAUGCAAGUUGCAGUUCAGUGAGGAGGAAUUUCUGAAAAUCCUUGACUGGAGUCCCUCCAGUGAGCAGCAUUCAGAACAUUAGAGGACUUUUACUGUUUCACAGUGAAAGAGAUUUCAUUUCUAAAAGACAAUAUUAAUUUUACCUCCUUUCCUACAGACUGACAUGGUUUUUGAACUAUAAAUUGUUUUAUCCCAGCAUGUGACGGGAUGUUAUGGGUCCACUAACAUGUCUAGUUUAAUUCAUUUUUACACUUUAAGUAUCUAAUGAACAAUGAAUAUUUAGUAUAAAUCACUGCUAGUGAGAAACAAUCUUCAGAAUAAGCAGAAAAUAAAAAUACAAUAAAAUAUAAUAAAGUGCUAUUUUAAGAUCACAUGUAGCAUGUAUAAACUCGUUCACCUUCCUUUUGAUUGGAAUAUUACAGGAAGUCUGUCAGACGCAAAAUUAGGAAGGUCUCUCUUGAACAGUUCAUUAUAUUUUGUAAACUUUUGUCACUGCAGAACCCUUGUCUCUUAGUAAAAUCUAGACAGAACACCAUGUGAAGAAAUAUGAUAAUUAGAAGGAAGAAACACAUGGAGAACUGAAAUGACAUGAAAUGAAAAAUGGCAAUGUUCAUGUGGUACAUGAAAUAAAAUCACAGAAAUUAUA